AUGACAUCUCCAUUGCAACCUCGGCCUUCCACUGCGAGGCAGAGGUGGGACAAGGAUGUACCAACCCUUUUGCGACCUCUUGUUCGAGCUUACAUACUCGGAUAUGCGACGACCGUCACGCCUCGCCUCAUCACCUUGGUUCUGCGGCAGUAUGUCACGACCAAGAAGGCGAGGAAGGCCAGGGGCAGCAGCGGCGCUGACAGUAGUGGUCCCUCCUCCUCACAACAACCUGCCCUCUCGACACCCCUGCUACACAUCCUCCGCGGGGGCUUGGAGCUGCAGCGCUUCCCAACCUUUUGUGCACUCCUGGUAGGAGGAUCGUCACUUCUAGAAUUUCCUCUUUCCGCAAUCAUCUCUAGACUAGCAUCUCGUCUAAAGCCCCUGGCACGACAAAGACUUGCGAGGUUCUUGUCGGCUUUUUGUGCUGCCUGGUAUAGUCUCAAGUUACUUCAGUCGAAACAUAGUGACGCAUUCACAGAAAGGGCAACUGUUCAAUCUGAUGAUGCACAGCCACACCGACUCGUCGAAGACUUGACUUUGUUUGCACUUACACGAGCGCUCGAUGUGAUCGUGGGCGAACUAUGGGAUCGUAGACACCGGACGAAGCGUCGGCCGUGGGCACAGCUCGAUACUGCCAUCUCGAAACUAACCGAUCCAUCCAUCUUUGCCCUGUCAUGUGGCUUUAUCAUGUGGUCUUGGUUCUACUAUCCAUCGAGGCUACCGCGGGCCUAUUCGCAAUGGAUUUCCACGGCUGCCGCGGUCGAUGCUCGUCUCAUUGAGGCUCUGCGUCGCUGUCGGAAAGGCGAGAUCCGCUACGGUGAGGACACUGGCCAGGCGCCUCUCCUCGAGGCCAUGGCUAGGGACUAUGGUUGGCCUGUCGAAUGGGGAGACCCAGCCAAGACGGCGCCGUACCCUUGCGAGAUGGUACACAUGGGAUGUGGACCUAGCUGCGAGUAUCACUUCAUCUCACGCUUUGCCCGUUCAUUCAAGUGGUCAAUGACUACAUAUCUUCCCUUGAAUCUGUUGCUCGUAGCGCGCAGUCCCCGGCUCAAGGCCUUUAAGAAGGCAUUGGUAUCUGCCAGUCGUUCUUCCGCCUUUCUAGCGGCCUUCAUCACGCUUUUCUUUUAUGGCGUGUGCUUGGCAAGGACGCGAGUUGGUCCGCACCUGAUUGGGAAGGAUGCUGCUUCGCGGACCAAGAUCGAUGCUGGAAUAUGCGUCGGGACUGGCUGCUUCCUUUGCGGGUGGAGUAUAUUGCUCGAGGCAGCGGGAAGGCGAAAAGACAUUGCUCUUUUCGUGGCGCCGCGAGCCAUGGCUACCUUGCUGCCCAGGCGUUAUCAUCUGGAUAAACAGUGGCGUGAGACCCUUGUAUUCUCAUUGAGCACAGCAGUUGUGUUUACAUGUGUACUUGAAAACCAGACCAGAGUGCGAGGUGUGCUUGGCAAGGUUUUGGCUACUGUUCUAGUACCCUAG